AUGUACGACGAGGACGAACCAAACCUACCGCGCUUGGACAAGGCGCAGAAGGCAGCUGAGCUGGCGAAAGAUGCGCAGACCAAGAAAGUGCUGGAAGAGCAGGGUGUGGCUGUGCAGCAGCGCGAGCAGGCCCGACGAGCUUUCGAGGCUUCUUGUCUCCGCUUUGGUAGUAUCGGGAAAGAUGUGCCUGCUGCCGGUCAAAUUGGUGUUCUCGAUCUUGCUGCUCUCCUGGCUGUGUUGUCUUUGCAGUCACCUCUUGAUCUACCCGUCACGCCCGAACCUGUAUAUGCUGCAACUAUAGCGCCUGUUCAGCAGGUAUCAUGGCUGAAGGGUCUCGCGCGCAGUUUGGCUCAGCUUGCAUUAGAUGUCACUCCAUCCCAGACUCACUUGGCAGCGUAG